AUGAAACAUAAAACACCAACUCUUAUUCAACGAUAUGUUUAUGGUUUUAUAGCUGUAUUCAUUGUAUCAGCUCUGUCAUUAGUUGGUGUAUUAACUCUUCCAAUUCUUUAUAAAGUGUCUUUUAAAUAUGUACUUAAUUUAUUUACUGCUGUUGCUAUUGGAACACUUUUAGGCGAUGCAAUGUUUCAUUUAAUUCCAUUUAUCUUUAGUCAGCAUAAUCAUAAUUUGAAUGAUUAUGACUAUGAUCAUUCGUCAUUUUUUAUUCCAAGUUAUCAAUGGAAAAUUCUAUUAGCUGUAUUUAUUCUUUACAUAUUUUAUUUAUUAGAAGUAUUUCUUCAUUGGUUUGCUCAUUAUAAACAUGAUCAUACUUCAACCCAUUCACAUAUACAUAAUCAUUCAAAUAAAACAAAUGAACUUACUCAUUAUACACAAAUUAAUAUUGAUGCUGAUUUAGAACAUAGUCAUCUUUACCAUAAUCAUACACAUCAUAAUUUACAUCAACAUUUAAAUUCACCAUCAAUAUAUUCGAAUGCAAAAAGUUUUUUUAAUAAUACAAGUUCACCUUGUAUACCAUGUAUUUAUUCAAAUGAACAUAAUCUUACAAUAAAUCCAUUAAUUGAAUAUAAUUUAAAAGACAAAUCAUCAAAUGAACAAAUAUCACUAUCACACCAAAUGUAUGCUUCACAAUUUAGUAAUGAAAUAGAUUAUAUUCAUCCAAUUAUACAACAAUUAAAAUCAAUUAAAUGUACUGGUUGGAUGAUAUUGUUUGGUGAUAGUAUACAUAAUUUUGCUGAUGGUCUAGCUAUUGGUGCUGCAUUUAGUGAAGAGUUAAUACUAGGUAUUACCACAACAAUCGCUGUUGCUUGUCAUGAAGUACCACAUGAACUUGGAGAUUAUGCUGUUUUACUUCAAUCCGGGUUUUCACAUUCUCGAGCACUAUUAUGGAAUUUUCUUUCGGCAACAACUGCUAUCAUUGGAUUUUUUAUUGGUUCGAUUAUGUCAGAUAAUGACAAUGCUCGUCAAUGGAUAUUUGCCGCAACCAUUGGCAUGUUUUUAUAUAUCGCAUUAGCUGAUUUGUUACCCACAUUAUUAGCGGAUGGAGAAAUUGAAUUGAAGCAUUUUCUUGUUGUUAAUAUUGGUUUUUUAUUUGGUAUUACAAUUAUGUUUCUUUUAGCAUUAUUUGAAGAUAAAAUACUUAGAUUAUCAACUCGAUAA